CACACGCAGCACACAAGACACAACAGGACAACCUCUCCACUGAAGUUCACAUGGCGAAGUCAAGCCUACAUGCUCAACGGCAGGCUGAGCAACUGGAAUCCCCCGAGGAUGAACUCGCAAUCCCGGAGCCAUUUGGAGAGGAGAGCGGGGAUCCUCUUGAGGAAAGCGGAUGUACCAUGGACACAAGCGAGGACGAGAUUGAGGAAUCUGUAGCAGAAGACAUUCAGCGCUUCGAGGAAAGUUUUGAAGGGAUCAACAAGCGGUAUCGACUAAUCAAUCGAGUCGGCGAAGGCACAUUCUCUACAGUCUAUAAGGCUGAGGACCUGGAAUAUAACAAGUACGAGAACCGCUGGGAUAUCGACGAGCGAGAGAGCCGGAAGUGGGCUUCACCACCAGGCCACCGAAAGAAGACCAAUCGGCCUCACUAUGUGGCAAUUAAAAAGAUAUACGUCACUAGCAGUCCCAUGCGCAUAUUCAAUGAGCUCGAACUCCUCCAUGACCUCAAAAACUCGAACUCAGUAUGUCCCCUUAUUACCGCAUUUCGUCACUUGGACCAGGUCGUUGCAGUCCUGCCAUACUGCCAGCAUCGCGACUUCCGUGACUACUACCGCGACAUGACAAUUCCUGAGAUGAGACGCUACUUCCGUAGUCUUUUCACAGCUUUACAUUCCGUUCACGAAAAGAAGAUCCUGCACCGCGACAUCAAGCCUACCAAUUUCCUGUACAAUACCGAACUGGAAAGAGGUGUGCUUGUCGAUUUCGGCCUGGCAGAGAGAGAGGGUACGGACUGGCACCCUUGUGCAUGCACGUUGACUCCCGAGGAACGUCGUUACAGGACUACGCACAGUGUCUGGGCGCAAACGCAAGACAGGCCGUCAUGCUACCCGAAGAACGACACACGGCCCAGCCGCCGGGCAAACAGAGCCGGCACACGCGGAUUUCGUGCCCCCGAAGUGCUCCUCAAAUGUACUCAGCAAAACACAUCCAUUGAUAUAUGGAGCGCCGGAGUAAUUCUCCUCACACUUCUAUCACGUCGUUUCCCCUUCUUCCACAGCGCGGAUGACAUUGACGCAUUACUGGAAAUUACAGCUCUCUUCGGACGCAAGAAGAUGAAGGAAACGGCUCUGCUUCAUGGCCAGGUCUUUGAGACUAACAUUCCAAGCUACACCGAGAACGGCCACAGUCUGGAGAAAAUCAUUCUGUGGUGCACUAACAGGAACACCAAGGACGAAGUGACAGGCUUGAAGAAAGAGUUGGAUGACGAGGAAAAGGAAGCUGUACAGUUCCUCUACCGUUUGCUCGAAUGCGACCCUGCAAAGCGCAUAACAGCAGAAGAGGCGCUUCGGCAUCCCUUCAUUACAAAAGCGUACGAGGAUGGCGAAGGGGACGAGGAUCUCGAGCUUGUCGACGCCUGAGCACGAAAAGCAUUCAUUAUGGAGCACGAAAAGCAUGAGUUAUAGAGUACGGAAAUGGAUGAUGGCCGCAUAUUUACGGCAAUGGGGCUGGCGUUCAUGUUUUUUUGGAGCAUGGGGCGCUUUCAUGGGGGACGAUUGUGAGAUACUUGCGAUACCCUUCGGACUUGUAUGAUGUAUGGUGGACG